AUGGUCUUCCGUGGUGGAUUUAGAGCGGUAUCCGAUGGAAAUGACUGCCGUGUAAAGGGACCCCUAUAUAAAUAUCCACUAUUCUGCAUAGGUGGGCAGAUCGGUCCGCUUGUUUUGCACCUAAUAGUUGCGACCAACCAACCAACUCGAACUAUAGGAGACUAUCGACUCAUCUACCAGCGAAAUAACAUUGGAACUCAUGGUCAUAUCACAAAAUUGAAAGCUACGUUUUACUUCGGAACCUAUGUAUCCUUCCGGAAGUACGAGUCCAUCGUCGCUGUCAUCAUCAGGCCACCGCAGAAGACCAUUGUGAUCGCCUUUAACGGACUCGACUUCCACACAAAAGAUAACGGGCUUGUUCUCACAGCAUCGGAAGUACGGUUCGAAAGCUCUUCAUUACCGCUUCUUCCUAGAUGGUGCCCAGGUUAUGCUGCAAGAACGAGGUUCUCCAUCGAGUACGAUGGCCCCACCCUCGGUCAGAAGAUUUGCUGUUAA